AUGCCUGAGGUUCAAUCUUCGGGCAACUCGCCUCUGGACGAUGCUAAUUCUUCGAGGCCCUCGGCGUUCCCUGCCAUGGAGUACAAGCCCUUCACUCGCACUCAGAUCUGGCUCUAUGACCUCUUGCUCUGGCUCUGGACGGUCAUUUUCGACUGCUUUUUCAGGGAAAUUAGACCCAGAGGUGCUUUCCGCCUACCCAAGUCCGGGCCUGUCAUCUUUGUGGCUGCCCCUCACGCCAACCAGUUCGUGGACCCUAUUGUGUUGAUGCGCCAGGUCAAGCGGGAAGCCGGAAGACGUAUUUCGUUCCUCAUUGCCAUGAAGUCGUAUCUUCACAACAUCAUUGGUACCUUUUCCAAGGCUCAGCUUGCUGUGCCGGUUGCGAGAGCCCAGGACAUGUUGCGUCCUGCCACAGGCAAGAUCUACAUUGAUGUCGCUGCAGACCCAUUGAGGGUCAAGGGCAAGGGCACCAAGUUUACCGAGGAAUGCAUGCCUCGCGGCCUCAUCGCCCUUCCGCUGUCGCUUGGAGCAACCGAGAUCUCCGAGAUCAUCUCGGACAAUGAGAUCAUCCUUCGUAAAGAGUUCAAGUCCACUCAGAAAGUUAAGCAGCUCUUGCAACAGGGCACUCGCUUUAAGGUUGCAGACAAGAUCGACCAGGGGCAUGUUUACAAGUUCGUGUUCCAGCACUUGAGUUCUGGCGAAUGCUUGGGCAUCUUCCCUGAAGGUGGCUCUCAUGACAGAACAGACAUGCUCCCAUUGAAGGCUGGUGUUGCGAUUAUGGCUUUGGGAGCUAUGGCAAACGACUCAAAUUGUAAUGUCAAGAUCGUUCCUUGCGGCAUGAACUACUUCAACGCCCACAGAUUUAGAUCUCGUGCGGUCAUUGAAUUUGGCCAUCCCAUUGAGAUCCCUAAAGAGCUCGUCAAAAAGUACAGCAACCAGCUGACUAGCCGUGAAGCUGUCAAAGAGCUCUUGGACAUUGUCACCAACGGUUUACGUGCUGUCACGGUAAAUUGUGAAGACUAUGAGACAUUAAUGGUUAUCCAAGCAGCAAGGAGAUUGUAUGCGGGUAACUUCGCCCAGUACUUACCCUUGCCAUUAAUCGUUGAGAUGAAUCGAAGGUUGGUUGUCGGUUAUGAAACCUAUAAAGAUAGACCAGAGAUCCAACAGUCCAAGGUUAAAGUGCUAGAAUACAACGACCUUCUCAAGCACUUACACUUACCUGAUCACCAUGUCGAAGACUGCGACGAGUCACACAAGAUUCGUUUGCUCCCAAUCUUCUUUUUCCGCAUCUUGAAGCUCAUAAUGUUGGGCUUACUUGCAUUCCCUGGCAUUGUUUUGUUUUCACCAGUUUUCGCCAUUUCCAAAUUCAUUUCAAUCAAGAAGGCUAAGACAGCUUUGGCCAAUUCCACUGUCAAAGUAAAGGCCAACGAUGUUGUCGCCACUUGGAAGAUUUUAAUCAGUUUGAUCAUCGCCCCGUUGCUUUACAGCUUCUAUGCAUCAAUCGGAACAUGGUAUUGUAGAACACACCAUUAUUUGACCACCACUGGUUCGGUCACUUUAUGGUUUCUGCUUUACAUGUUGGGUGUAUUAGUGACAUAUUCAGCCUUGGUCACUGGUGAGCAAGGUGUGGAUUUGUUCAAGUCGAUCAGGCCAUUAUAUCUUUCGAUUUUCUCGGGCCAAGCUAUUAGUGAACUCAAACAGAAAAGACAGGAGUUAGCUGAGCAAAUCACUGAGGUUGUUAAUAAGUUUGGCCCUGAGCUUUUCCCCAAUGACUUCAACUUGCUCGAGUUGAAGGAUCACUUGAACGUUACUGAUGAAAUUCAGUACAUCGAUUCUGAUGAAGAGGAAGAAUUGAAGACUCAAGAGUUGCGCAACAGAAGAAUAGCUCAAAGAAAGGCUAAAAAGAGAAAGCUUAGAGCGAAGAAGAAGGAAGAUGCAGAGAAUGGAUUGGCAACGACCCCUAGCGAUAGUGACUUGUCACUCAAUCACUCGCUGUCGAUGUCUGAUGGUGUUUCGUUGAUGAACUCUGAUAUGUCAUACACCAACAUUCCUAUGUUCUCUGAUUACUCCUUGCAUGCCAACGCCAAGAACUCUGAUGUGGACAUCAAGGCACUCAAUUCCACAGUGUCGAUGGCUGAUGACUUCAACUAUAAACCAGCUUCGACCCCUAAUUCAGAGACAGGUCUAUCUCGUGACAAUUCACACAUGGAGCUAAAUUUCGCAUCCUCAAAAGUCCCUGCCUCCAAACUUUCUGCUCAAUACGCAAUCAGCUCUCCGCAAAAAAGACAUUUGUUAGGAGAGAAGAUUAGAAAUAGAAUCAGAGAAGGAAGGGAUAAGAGCCCUGGCCUCUAG